AAGAAAAGAGGGUUUUUCCAGAGGGUUUUUCGUCUCUCUCUCACUCUCAUGGCGAAGCGCUUGAUUCCUUCCCUCAAUCGUGUUUUGAUCGAAAAAAUCGUCCCUCCAUCGAAAACCAAUGCAGGAAUCUUACUCCCCGAGAAGACCAACAAGCUGAACUCUGGGAAAGUGGUAGCUGUUGGUCCUGGUGCUCGUGACAGAGAUGGGAAGCUUAUUCCUGUUAGCUUGAAGGAAGGAGAAACUGUACUUUUACCUGAAUAUGGAGGGACUGAAGUAAAAUUGGGUGACAAAGAGUAUCACCUAUACAGAGAUGAUGAUAUAUUGGGAACACUACUAGAGUGAUUUGUCGUGGCUCUGUUCAUCAAUGCCCAAAAUGUAUUGGCUAUGAUUUUCUCUUGCUACUUUUCAUUGAACUAGAAAUUCAGUUCUCAUGGUAGUAGUAUGUAGACUUUUUCUCAUGUAAGAGUUGAAUGUUGGUUGUCAUUUGCUGCAGCCGAUCCAUUCGGUUGUGUUAUUCGGCCUUCAAAAACUAUUGCUGGAAUUGACAGGCAUCAUCUGCCAUUAUCAGAUAAAAACAGCAGUUUUGACCAUCAAUGAGAAACUCAGUCUUAUUAUAGGUU